AAAGGCAAAGAAGGGUUCAAAUCAAAAUCAGAAUUAGGAAAACCUAAGAGUUGGAUGCAAGGAAAAAUGGGUCCUCCUGUAAUGCUAUCUCUUGUUAUUGCAGUUUUGGUGGUGGCUCUAAGCCUAUCGUAUACAACAACUGCUCAAGCCCACCGGGAUUCCUACUCUUCAACACUUACUUUCAACGAUCACGAUCAUGACCACGAUCACGACCACGACCACGACCACGACCACGACCACGACCACGAUCACGAUCACGAUCACGAUCAUCACCAUUACAAGUCUCCACCCCCACCUCCAUACAAACGGAAAUCCCCCCCUCCACCACCACCAAAGAGAGACGAAUAUCUCUCACCUCCACCACCUCCACCACCAAAAAAGUCUCCUCCACCACCGCCAAAAAAGUCUCCUCCACCACCGCCAAAAAAGUCUCCACCACCACCACCAAAAAAGCAGGAUAACAAGUCACCACCUCCACCGCCACCAAAGAAAGACGAGCAUGAGUACUCCUCUCCUCCACCGCCACCAAAGAAAGACGAGCAUGAGUACUACUCUCCUCCACCGCCACCAAAGAAAGACGAACAUGAGUACUCCUCUCCUCCACCACCACCGCCAAAGAAGCAUAAGGACAAGUCAGCCCUCCACCACGAUCCCCUCACGAUUAAUUAGGUCAAUAAGGGAUUCCCAUCAACUAUAAACCAAGAUAUAAGGAAAAAGAAUAAAGAAACGAAGAAGUAUGUAUUUAGAUCAAUUAAAGAAAACAACUUAAAGUGCUAAAAGAAGGUUGUUUUCAUCUAUUUGCUACCUACGAUCCUACGUGUUUUCUACAAUUGUGUGUUUAGUUUUCCGUUGAUUAAAUAAAACUCAAUCUUACUUUCGUGUGCUUA